AUAGCUGAGUACUGAGUGAGAUACUGCAAACGAGUGGAGGAGAAAAAAAAAAAAAAGAGACAGCAUAUGAGAAGCAGUCAGAGAGAGACAGAGAGGAAAGCUGAGAGCAAGAAAAGUGCUCCGGCUAGAGGAAAGUCUCCCAGGUGUACUGCAGAAGCUUUUUGGAAAUGGAUGCAAGGACCAUCUGCUGCCGGUAGAUCAGGGGCUGUGGACUAAGGACUAAGGACAGAGAGAGCGAGCUUAUGGCUCUUUUGAAUAAAAUUGAAGUUCCGCAUAACUGAUUCAUCAAGAUACAUCAUGAGUAUGCUCCUGCAUGAGAUAUUAAUGUAUGAAUCCACACUACAGAUAGAUAGACUACAGCCUACUGUGGUAUAAAAAAUAGAUAAAAGCAGCAGCAGUGCAGUGAAUAUGGCAAUGAAUUUUGGAGUGAUUAUCUGAUUUAUGUACAAAGAAAAAGAGAAGCAAAACAGAAACAGCUCUUGCAGUACUGUGGAGUUUGCGAGGCACUGCAUUUAAUGCUGAGAGAUGCUAAACAUUAUAUCUGACAACAGUGAAAAGAAAGAUCAUGGAGAAGUCAAGUAGUGAGGAUUCUUCAAUUCACCGGAGUCCAUCUUUGGAUAGCAAAGACUCUGACUUUGCUAAACCUUCUACCUCAGGGAAGCAAUUUGGUCGAGGUUUUACUGCUGGAGCUUUCUAUGGUACAGCUGGAUCACGCACACAGAGCCACAGCGGGGUCGGAACUGGGACCGGCGUUGGGACUGGGACUGGCGUAAAAAGUGAAAAAUACAGUGCACCCAAAGGCAGCAAAUAUGUGGUCUUUUACCUGGAUCUAUCCUUUGUUUUCCUUUUAGAGUUUAAGAAGUGCAACAUGGCAAGAGGCUGCCUGUGUUGUUUGAAAUACAUGAUGUUCCUUUUCAAUUUAAUAUUUUGGUUAUGUGGCUGUGGGCUGCUGGGCGUGGGAAUCUGGCUGUCAGUGUCACAAGGAAACUUCGCCACAUUUUCUCCCAGCUUUCCGUCGCUUUCAGCUGCCAACCUAGUCAUUGCGAUUGGCACAGUCAUCAUGGUGACCGGCUUUCUGGGCUGUCUAGGUGCUAUCAAGGAAAACAAGUGCCUCCUUUUGAGUUUUUUCAUCGUUUUGCUGAUAAUUCUCCUGGCAGAGCUGAUAUUACUCAUUUUGUUCUUUGUUUAUAUGGACAAGGUCAGUGAGAGUGCAAGGAAGGAUCUGAAAGAAGGUAUGAAGCUGUACAAUUCAGAAAAUAAUGUUGGACUGAAAAACGCAUGGAAUAUCAUUCAAGCAGAGAUGAAAUGCUGUGGCGUGAAUGACUUUACGGAUUGGUACCCAGUACUGGGAGAAAACACUGUGCCGGACCGAUGUUGUACAGAAAACUCCCAAGAUUGUGGACGGAACUCCACUGAAUUAGUGUGGAAGACGGGCUGUUACGAGAAAGUUAUGAUUUGGUUUGAUGAGAAUAAGCAUGUCCUUGGCUCGAUUGGGAUGUGCAUCCUCAUAAUGCAGAUACUUGGCAUGGCCUUUUCCAUGACACUCUUCCAGCAGAUUCACAGGACUGGCAAAAAAUACGAUGCCUAAAGCCUCUGAAACACUAAUCACAUCAGCCCUUCUGUCCCACCAUGAAAAUGAACAAAUGGAAUGACCACAAAGAGUAUUGAGUCUGGCCCUGCUGACAGAAUCCGUCCUAUUGACCGAUCGACUUCGUCGUUACUUGUCCAGUUAUUACCACAACUUGUGACUCAUUUUUUCUGUUUCACAUUUGCCAUUUAUUUGCCAAAGAGGGGGUGGGGGGGAACCCCAACAAAUGGGUUUCUAUACUAAGUCAUAGGUCUGCUAUCAGAAUGUUUCCUUAACUUUAUUUAAGAAAAUGUUUUGCUGUACUAAUCCAUACUAUAUGCGCUCAAAUGAUGUGUGUUCAACUUUAAGGGAGAAUUCUACAAAGUCUUCUGUUUCAACCUUCAUGUCCAACUUACUGGAAGACUUGGAAAAGCCACUCAAACUGAGAGUUCUAGGAACUGGAGCUGCUUGGUUUGCAGCUUCUUGUACCUUAUGGUGUAUACUUUUUUAUUAUGAUAAUAAUUAUUAUUACGAUGAUGGAUGUAGCUUAGAAUUUAGUUGCCUGAUUUAUAACUUUUUACAGUUUCUGUUUUUACACAUUUACUGUAUAUUAAUUUGGGAACCACUGUGCGAUCUCCAGAGGAUGUGUUUUUCAAAGUUGGUGGUUGGUGGGGGCAAAUAAAGACAUAACUUUUCUCAAGUCCAUGAAAAGGCAUCUUCUACCUUUGUCAGGGCCUUAAUGCCCAUACCAUAUCUACGGUGGUCCUUUCAAAUCAGAGGCUCUUUUCCUUGGACAGAAUGCAGUGCCCUCCCAUUGGGCCGGAUGGUGAGCUUCCUACUCCUGUGAGGCUAAGUUCUAAUGUUUUUACCCACCCAAAGCAAUCUCUGGCUCUGUAAUUGCUGCCCCUCACUGAGUGCUUUGAUGUCACCCUACUUCAAAAGCUAGAAGUAUUUACUGAACAAGUGGUUGCUCCCUGGCACAAAGGAGAGAAUUGCAAUCUGACCUGCUGGGCAGUUGGCAGCAGACUUUACAAGCUAUGUUGUCAAUUUCCAAACCAUCACCCAAGGCACAAUAUGCUACUGGGUAUGAGAAAGGGGGAUGGCAAUUUGUGGUACCCUUGUCAUACCAUGCCCUUCAUUGAAGGGGUUUCCUCAGACAGAUGACAGCUGUCUCCCUGAGCUGACAAGGUGGCUUUGGGCAGUGAGGAAGGUAAGGUUGAUUAAAGGUGAGCAGAUGUUUCAGGAAAGGGGUGAUAUCUGAAACAGCACUUGGAGCCAAUAUUUGUUUUCACACCUCCAGCAUAGAACUGGUUCUUGCUGAGGGGUUGCCAAGUCCACCCAGUGUGGUAGUUCAGAGAUGCAUAUUUUUACCAACAUUCCUGCUAGCAAACUCGAAUAUAUAUUUCUCUAGUUUGAAUGCUGCUUUGCUGCAAGCAGCCCCCAUUUCCAUUUUGUUCCAGGUUUUUGCAGAGGUCUUAAGUUUUGUUGCUUUGUGGAGGAAGGAAGCAUCACCCAUUGGAGGACGCCCAGUCAGGGCUCAACUCAGCUCUCAAAGGAAUACCAUGCUUUUUGCAUUAGUAGCAGUCAGAAGGGACCUUCAGAGGUUACUUCGUCUGAUGUCAUUCUCAAGGGGGGACUGUGACCCAUGUGAGAUGGGGUUGACUGUGGCAUUGUGGGACUGAAUCUCAGAAAUUGCUGAGGAUGGUGAUUUUGUGCUGCUGCAGUAUCCUUUUCAGUGCCAUGCCAUGUCAAACUAAUCUUCUGGUAAAGAAGACUCUCCUAAUGUCCAGUCUGAAUAUUUUUAUUUUAAACUCUUAAAAUAUGUUGUUUUUAAUGUAUCAUUCAGCCAGUCUCUUGCUGGUGGGCUGAAAUAGCUCUUGGGCCAAUUUCUAUCUUGGAGGUGUUGGCUCCCUGUUUAUCUUCCUACCAGGUCCUGCAUACAUCUGGCAACAAUAAUGUUUUGUGUGGAGUGUAUGUCAUUUUCAAGUUCCUAUGAGGUCAGUGUGACAGGAAGGAGUAUGGGAGAUGGAGAUGAAUUGGGUGAAAGAGGAGGUUGUUAUUCUUAGAGCAUGGCCUCUGCCCAUCUGAGCAUGGUGUCCAAAGUUUCUCAGGCCUCUUGUUUCCAACAGAAGCAGACAGCACCAUAUAGGCUCAGCUAUUUCAUUUGUAUUGCCUUUGAAAGAGUCAGGAGAGGAGUGGGGGAAAGCACAGAAACUGAAUCUAGGUUUACUUCCAUUUCUAAAAAAAAAUUGGGACCAGGAGCAUCUGAGCCCCACUGGAGAUGGAUGUUCCAUGUUGAAGAAGGGGCUCUGAUGCCCAAUAUACUUGCUGCUACAUGUGAGACUGUAUCCAAAGUUGCUAAGAUGCGUUCCCAUUUUUGCAAGACAAAAUGAUUUUCAUUUGAUGGAUUUACUGCUCUUUCCUUUUGGACAGAGGUGCUUAGGUUUCUCUAGCUUUCUCUGGGGUUCAAAGAGAGGAAGAUUGAUCAGGAGCAUUCAUAUCUGUCCUUUCAGGUCGCACAGUGGUACCUGCCACAUCUUAAAUUUUAAUCUGCAGCCAGUUUUUGUACAAAAAUGGUAAAAUAUAUUAGUGAAAUAAUAAGGAAAUAAAACAUGUUUAUGAGUAACUCAAGAGAUGAAAUGUGUAGUUGCAAACUCAGCUAUUCUGCCUCCCAUACAAACUUACUUUUCUAGAAUGCUUCAUUCUGUUUCACGAUCUAAUAGCAGCAUACAUCCUGAAAUCUUUUUUCAGUGACUACUUUUGGCAUUUUAAGCACAGUAUGAAGUGAAAUAGUUACACCGGCUUCAUUUAUGCAUCUCUACGAAGUCACCUACAGAAAGGGAGUCAAGAGCAGGGCUGAUUGUGUCUCUAGCUGACUCACUGAUGUGGGAGGAGAUGACCGGCAUCUCUUGCUGAAGGCAGUAGCAAAGAUGCCAUUCUCCAGGCAACAAAAAACAGUCUUGGAAAGUGUGAGGCUGCAAUAGUCAGCCUGUCAGAGAAGGCACUAACUGUCCUGUAACUGCUUGAUCAAAGGAAGGUCUGUCUCAUGUAUGUAUGCACUUUUUUGCUUAUGCUGGUGGGUGGCCAUCUGUGUUUUGCCCACACGUCACUCUAGUUAUUUAACGACAAGUUUUUAGCAUGUUUUUAAAUAAAAAGCUGAUACCGAGUAAAAGUAUUUUUAGUGUACCCAAAUACUGAUUUGCAUCUGUAUAAAUGUAUACCUCUCUGUAUCUCUAACUUUUAACAGCACAGUUCAAGUGUGUGAAAGUGCUGUUUCCCUGAGUGUUACUUUAGACUGUUAGUAUACCUGCUGUCUCAUUGUGCUUCAUGUUUGGAAGCUGUAACAAAACUUAAGCAGGGAUAUACUGGGAGAACUGAGCCAAAAGAGAGGAAGGUUGGCUGUGGAAGUACUGGGCAUAGGGCACCUCUGCUCAAAGGCUGCAGGAGUAAUCAUUCCAUUGCCUCUUGGUAGUGCUAGGGCAGUUGUAGAAAGGCCCAAUGACGGGCAUUGAAAAGAACACACACUCUGCCCAUGGCUAAAUGGCACAUGAGAUGAUAAGAACACUGGCAUAAUGUCUCCAGGGUGACAGGAGAUGUGUGUGUGUUGCAUCGAGUUCCCAGACUAUGCUAACAUUAGGCAAAUCUCCCUGCUUCCUGCCCCCCAUUUGUACACAAACUCACACAUAGGAAAGGUGCAAGUAGAGGACAAUGGAGCUGAUCUCCAUGGUCUUUCUUGGGCAGUGUGUUGGGAAGGUAUAGAAAAGGUAAGGAGGGAAAAGGUGGUUUUAUAGCAGAGCGUUCUUGGGAGGCAGGCAGGAGCAGAAUGGAAUAGGGCAUGCUUAUAAUCCUGAUGUAAUUUCUUUCCAAAGAGUUCGGCAGCUUCAUCCUGUAGGUCACAUGUGGAAACCUGGAGAUGUUUGGCUAUGUGUUGGCUAUCUGUUGUGCAGUAGAUAAUGGACAUUAAGAGAUGAUGUGCCAUUCCUACCAGGUAAUGUUUGCACCAGUGUUUCUUCUAAAGUUCUACCUACUUUAGCCUUUAUACGAAAGAUUUUUAUUAGGAUGAUAUAAUAAUAAAGGAUUUUUUUAAAAGGUG